UGCUGAAUUCUGAACUACUCCUGUUAUAUAUUAUGGGUAAAAAUAGUGCCUUGGGAAUUACUUCUUCACGGCCCACCAUAGCUUUUCCUCUUGGUCUAGCUCUUCUUGUCCUUGUCCUUGUCUGUAUAAUUGGCUCCUUUGCUUGUUGCUAUCACUGGAAUAAGCUUCGAUCCCUUCUUUGCUCUUCUGCUUCUGCUACCCAUCUUGAUGAUCAAUCAUCUGAUGAUUCGGCUCAUGUUUCGGCUUUUAAAAUUAUCCAGGCGCAGAAGCAGAAAAAUGGGGAGAGCUUGACAAUAUUGAUGCCUGGAGAUGAAGUUCCAAAGUUUGUGGCUUUGCCUACUCCUCAUCGGUGUACUCUCCAACUCUAAAAGCUGGUAUAGCUAUAGUAUGGAUUUUUAUGUAAUAUAGCUUGAGAACCAACUGAAAUUCAAGCUGAGCAGCAGCACAGAAUUGAAUUAAGUGUAACUACUCCUACGAAAUUAAAUUAGCCAAUUUUGUUUAUACUUCUUA